AUGGCAGAGUCUGAUCAAGUGCAUAACUAUGCAUAUCCUUCGGUUGCCAGCUGGCUGCACUCGACGACGCUGGCCCAGCUCGAUGGCACCUCCGAGCCCCGGAAUGUAGACGACCCACCCGACGACGCCUCCCCUGAUGACUUUUACAAGUCCGCCUAUACCUCCACCACCCAGCACGAGAUAGUCGCCCUGCCGCCAGACAUGGCCACCACCCGCCAGCGCCAGCCCACCGCGAACGGCGCCGUACGCCCGCCCAACAAAGCUGGCCCGAGAUCUGUCUCUGGCCCGGCCUCGACUGCGACCGCGACCCCGACACGCGCUUCCCCGCAGGUGUCAAACAAAGUAAAAGCGCUGGCAGAGAGAUUCGAACGCUCGCCGCAGAGCAGUCCCGCCAGCUCGUCGCCGGCGGUGCGAUCGAGGAGCAAAGGCCCGGGUCGAGUGGGGGGAUUUGACCCGUCCAGGCGCUCCAAUGCCUCGGUGUCCUCGACGGCCUCAGCGGCGCGUCCCACCAAAGAGGCGACCUAUGGAUCGUACAAGUUCAACAAUCUGAAGCCGAGGGAGCGACCCCAGCCCGCGCCUUCCACGCCCCGGAAGGCAGCUGCCAGACGAACAACAGGCAGUAGGAGCAGCCUCGACCACCACACCUCACCCACGCGGAAGAAGCUUGCUUCGCCCACGACUCGAUCAGCUAGCCGGCCAGCGUCGACGGGGCGACAGCCAUUCUUCGGAGAAGUUGUGAGCGGCCAGGAUGUCACAUCGCCUGGCUUCGGCAUUCCCACGUUUGAAGGCACCGAGGAAGAGGCCCCGGGCGUGGACGCACUUUUGGGGGCAUCAGCGGGGGCAUCAGCAGGUGCUGCACGUUCGUCUGCCGCGCCACAUGGCUCCCACCAUCGUCGCUCCGGGAGUGGUGCCAUGUCCGCGUUUGCUGGCCAAUCUUCACGGAUUCCUGUCCGCCCAUCCCCCGCGUCCAAGAUACCACCGCUACAAUCGCCAGCGCAAAAUGCUCGCGACUCUGGUGCAUUUGGGGAGCACAGCUACUUCCCUGAUGACGCGUUCGGCUCACAUCACAGUCGACCCGUCAGCUCCGAGAACCCUCUUUCCCCAGGGAAACCCUCAGACAAGCCCCAUCCAGACCAACAGCCCCAUGAGGACCAUCAUACCUCGUCAGGCUACCAGCAGCGUCUCAGCCUGCAGACCGACCGACUGUCAGUGCCGCCGAUUCAGCAGCCAUUGUCAGCCACUACGGACUUCGAAGAAUCCCCAAUACUGGGAUUACCUGGCAGUUUCGUGCUCACACCUCCCACGACACACGAAGAACAGCAGCCGCAGCUUCUUCAAGCCACUGUCUUCCAUGCCUCCGGGCGACAGCCGGCUCCACGCUCUCCAGAAAUCGAGCAGUCAGAGUUGGGUGUGCGCGAGUCGAUACCCAUCAUGCUCGGAGAUGACCAAUCACAGCAGGCAUGGCAACCUGGUACUGAAGAUAUGAGUGAAAGCCUGCAAGCUCUUACAUAUGGGCACUCUGGGGACCAAGGCUUUACCAUGGUGCCUAGGCAGCCCAAUCCCCACUAUGAUGUGGAGGACUCACCAGUGGAUCCCUUCGGCAACCGCGAGUCACUGCGCCCGGAGGAUUCAGCGAGCCUUGCUCCAUACCGCGCGGCCGGACCUCUAACUUUUAACGCGGAGACCUAUAGCGUCGUUAACUCUGUCCUUAAUAUGUACCACCAAUCGCCCGUGAUCUCGCCUGAGCUAGCAUCAGUUUCGAGGGAAAGGGUGCAGCGUGUGUCGCCUGUUGUCGCGCAACACAAGGACUGGGCCUCAAAAGAGGCUACUGAGACGUAUCUCGCGCGAUUGCUCAGUGAUGCCAACGGCGCAGGGGAGGAAGCUGCACGGGCCCAAGAAAGAGAAAUGGCGUCCCCAGCUCGACCAGCAGUGAACUUCCCGCACGAAGAGGUGGAAGAAGACGAACACGACUUUGCGUAUCCACUUGUAGCGGCCAUGAGCGAGCACAUGGAGUUGCAUCCUGCUCGUGCCGCUACGCCAGUUAGCCAAUCUCACGAUGAAGGCCUCGAAGCGCGUUAUGGCGCUCCGGCAAUGGUAGAAGCAGAUUCCGCACCACCGUCACGCGGCUCAACAGAGAACGGUCCGCCUGAUCCUGCAAAACAAGCGUUAAUCAAGCGAUACAGAAUUUUGGAGGAGUUGCUUACGACGGAGCACCAGUUCUGUAUCGACAUGAUGAUCGCCCAUAACAUCUUCGAGGCUACCGCACAGAGUCUUAUGACUGAGAAGGAGAAGAAAAUCCUGUUCAGUAACUGCAAAGAGCUCGAGAAGUUCUCGCUGUCACUGUUUCGCGCGUUCAAGAAGGCUGCCAAGCCUAUUGUCAAUUAUGACAUACCUCCGCCGACUGGACCCUGGAAUCGCGACUCCUCCGACUCCAGACCCUCCAACCCGUCAGACACUGCGCUGAACGUUCCCAGGCCGUCCGAAGACUCUCCGAAUCAGUAUGAGAACUGCACACUCGAGAACGACCACCAAACUACAGUUGGCCAAGUAUUUCUUGAGAACGUAGUCAAGAUGGAACGACUCUACACGACGUACUAUCUCAACCAGGAGAACGCAGCUGCUUACAUCAAGAAACACCAAGCCAACCCCGAGCUUACUGGCUGGGUCGCUGCUUGCUUUGAGCAGGUCGAGAACAUGACACAGGCUUGGGAUCUUGAUUCACUGCUGCUGAAACCAUGCCAGCGCUUGCUCAAGUACCCACUGCUCCUCGAUGGACUCGAGAACUCCAGUGACCCCGACCAUCCCGACCUCGUUCACAUCAAGGCAGCUCGGCAAGAACUUUUGGCAAUUAGCGGCCGCAUCAACGAAGCCAAGAAGCGAGCAGACACCUUCCGGGCCGCAACAUCCGAGGGUAGGAAAGAAAAGACCAAAGGCAAGGGCAUUGGCAAGACGUUUGUCAAGGCGUUCAUUCCGAAGGUCGAUAAGAACAAAGCCUACGAUGAAGCCGACAAGACCUUCAAGGACCAGGACUACAAGUCACGAGAGCAAAAGUUUGGUGGCCAUUUCUUCCAGCUCCAGAUUGUUAUACGAGACUUCGAGCAGUAUCUUGAUGCGAUCACGGAGCACUACCAGCAACUCAACAUCGUCUUCAUUGGCUUUGUCUCGGUAUGUGAAGUGGCUCCUUCGGUCCAUCCCGAGUUGGAGAGUACGUGGCGAAAGUGGGCAAUGGCUCAUUUCGAGCUCCAGAACAAGGCUCUGGAAGAUCACAAAACCGCUGUGCGUAACCGUGUGCUCAAGCCUGUCGCAGACCUGUGGGAGAUGUGGGUCGCAUACCAGAAGACGAUCGAGCAGCGUAAGAAGUACUUGCUCUAUUACGUCAAGCACAAGCAGGCUAUCGACCGCGGCGAGAAGGUUGAUCCAGAUCUCGAAGAGUCAGCGAAUAAGUUCACAACGAUCAACGACACCCUCAAGCACGAGCUUCCGCUACUCUACGAGAGGACCAAAGGUCUCAUGCGCACACUGAUGACGCUCUUCAUGUGCCUCCAGAAGGACUGGUACAAGACCUGCUCGAAGAAGAUCCUGCCGCUCCUCGAGAGUGAGCCGCAACACACCACCUCUCUGCGCUACGACCUUGAGUCCUAUGUUGAGCGUUUCAACUCGGACUACAAGCCAAUGCAGGAUCUUGCUAACCGACUGGGCAUCGUCAACCGCAACUUGCUGAUCGACAUCUCGAACAUGGUGUCCCCUGUUCCAACGCUAUCUUCUGACGGUGUUGGCUCGGCUCGUAACUCGUCUUCUCGUCGCACUGAGUCGAUCGGCAGCGAAGCUUCUAUCGUGGAGCCGCGCAACCGUCACAGCGGCGGGUACGGAGGUGCAAACCGACAACGACUAUACGAAAACCCUCCACCGCGUUCAACGCCUGCAGGUCCCGCUUACCCCUCCUUGUAUCAGAGCGGUCCUGCUGGUAGACCUGCCGCAGGACCCACUUCGCUCCGUGAAGCUCGUGCUCUCAGCCCUGUUUCUGACGACAGCGAAGCAACAGUCAUUUCUCACCGCGAGCGCCGCAACACUGGGUCAUCGCGCAACCACGCGUUCCAGGGUCUUGAUGGUGCAUUCGACUUCGAUGACCGCGACUCAUAUGGCUCCAACCAGUUCGACUUCCCUCCUUCGCUGGGUCCAUCUUUCCUUGUGCCCACCUCCCAGCCGAUGCAGCACUCCAUGUCUGCACCGCACUCGCAAACCAUCUCUCUCCCUGGUUCCCACCGUGGCUCUGGGGUCUUCAACUCGGCCCUACCCAUGUCUGACUCUCCAGCCCGCGGCUCAGCCGAAGAGCUGCCCGCCACACCCUGCGACUCCGACGAGCCAGAAGUCUUGUUCUUGGCCGCCAGUCUCUUCGAGUUUAAUAUUGCCCAUGAUCGUCGCGAGGGCGGUAUACCCUAUCUUGUCUACGUGCCCGGUGAGAUCUUCGACGUUAUUGGCAUGAAGGGCGAGUUAUGGCUUGCUCGUAACCAAGAUGAUCCUUCCAAGACUGUAGGCUGGAUCUGGGAGAAGCAUUUCGCGCGCAUCUUGCCUGAGGAUGCUUGA